AUGUUGUCUCAGAAAGAAAAGUCAGAAUGUAAACGAAUUCUGAGCUUCCUUCUGGAUGAGGAUGUCUUUGCUCUGGUUGGAACAUCAACCAGCCAUGCCAUCAAAGUUAAAGACAGAGCAGAAGCUGAACAUGCCAUUCUGUCGUUCACUGAAUCGGCCGAAGAGCUGCUGAAUCGUAGAAAAGUCAACAAGGGUAUUCUGCUGAAAUACUGUUGGAGUGCAUCGGUUCCUGUGUCUGCCUACGACAGCAAGGCAGAUUUAGUUCAUACCAUUAUUAAAUACUGGACACGGACGCCCAAUGAAGAACCUUAUGCACCAUCAUCCCCACAAGAAGUUACUCCAGCACCUGUGCACAAUCACCACAAUUAUAACCAUCCCCCAUCCAACUAUCACCAGGUAGUCGCGCCCAGUCAGCAAGUGACCAUUGUCCAGAACUUUGUGAGUUUUAGUGCUGUCAACGAAACCUACAACCAAACAGUUAAUUUGUCUGGCUUACCAGUGGCGGUCAGUUCAGACCAGAGCGAUGCUGAGGCUUUUGUCAAGUGGUUCUAUGAAAUGUUGAAUUCGUACCAUCCUGCUAUAAAUAAACCUGGUGAGCAGUUUGGCCCUCAACAUUUCUGGGAUAAUGCACAUUUGUACCUCCUUAUGAUUCCCUCAGCGGAGAAUAAGGAAGAAAAUAUUUUAGGUGGUGACAAAGUUGCUGAACGUUUACUGUCACUGACAAAAUAUAGUCACAUACUCUUUAACCCAAAUGUCAGUAGUCAAGGAGUGGCCUUGAGGUCCACAAGUCAUGGGCCAAAGGUGAUAUUAGUGUGUGGAACGUUACACAAUUCCAGUGAAUGUGUGGGGAUUUUCCAGCAAAGCUUUGCUUUAGUGAGUGAUCCGUUACAUCCAGGCAAGUGGAAGGUGAAGGUUACAUGUUUAAAGAUGGAUCAGUGUAAGGCAAACACAUUACCAAAGCUGGAAGACUGUAGAGAAAUCCAAGCAAUAGAAGCACACACAAGUUUAACCCUACAGCAUUUAGCAGUCACUGGCUAUUAG